UGAUUCUGCCUGUUGGUAUUCCCAGAAUCUUAAACUUGAUCUCCAUCAGAGAACUGCGAUCCUGCCUCCUAAACACGACCAAACACAAAACAGCAACUCAUAGCAGCAAGAUAUUCAAGAUGGUCAUUGCACAGACUACUCAAGGCAUCUCCUCUACAGGCCGCUGGGUUAUACAAAACCGGAAUAAGUGGUCUGCUCCUCUGGACAAAGCAAAGCGCAAAACCGCCCUCCUCCGUCGCUCUCUCAUAGCUCAUCAGCCUGUUUGGUUUGCGGGUGGAGGUGCGGCGUACACAACUGUGGGUGCGGUCUAUUUGACGUUACGGUAUUUGCGGCGGAUUCGGUGAUGGUUUACGACGGAUGAAUAGGGAGGGUAACUUGGGAGGAAUACUUGUCCACCGGAAGGGGGUACAAUCACACUUGGGAUCAGUUGAUAUGGCAUGGGCGAUAUCAGAAUUAGGGUCUGCGGAGAUGGUCUCGUGUACAUAGUGCCUACUGCGGAGAACUGGUGAAACCAAAUGACACCACUCGUGGAACAGUUGCACUACUAUGCCAUGAUGUGACCUACAUCGUGCCAUAUUCUGAGGAAGACAGGCUGUUGUUACGCAGAAUCAAGAUGUUGGAAAUACCCGG